AUGAGCGAGGAAGCAACGCACACGACGAUCACAACCGAAAUCAAGGGAGAGGGAAGCGAAAUCAAUGAGGUGGGAAGCGAAAGGGCGGCAAAACGGCCAAAACACGAGUCAAGCGAGUCGAGCGAGUCGGGCGAGUCGAGCGCUUCUGAUGCCGCCAGACCGCCUUGCAUCAGCCCCAGCGCAGCAAAGCGACUUCUAGCUCACGACAAGGCGGAAAUCGACCAGCGCUCCCGCGAGGGCCUCAAGCUUGAAGCCCGAGUGCAGGGGAGGGAGCGAUCCCACUACCGCAUCACGAUCACGUUCAACCCCGCACCCUCAUGGCUGGAUCGCUUGGCAAUGGCUAUGGCUGCGCAGUGA